UGACGAGGAGCGAGCGAGCGCGGGAUAUGGAGAAGGCAAGGCCUCAAUGGGGCAAUCCGCUGCAGUUCGUGUUCGCCUGUAUCUCCUACGCCGUGGGUUUGGGCAACGUGUGGCGCUUCCCCUACCUGUGCCAGAUGUAUGGCGGAGGGAGUUUCCUGGUCCCCUACAUCAUCAUGCUCAUUGUGGAGGGGAUGCCACUCUUGUACCUGGAGCUAGCCGUGGGGCAGCGCAUGCGGCAGGGCAGCAUUGGUGCCUGGAGGACCAUCAGCCCCUACCUCAGUGGUGUUGGUGUCGCCAGUGUGGUGGUCUCCUUCUUCCUCUCCAUGUACUACAAUGUCAUCAAUGCCUGGGGCUUCUGGUACCUCUUCCACUCCUUCCAGGAUCCCUUGCCAUGGUCUGUCUGCCCACUGAAUAGUAACCACACAGGCUACGAUGAGGAGUGUGAGAAGGCUUCGUCGACACAGUACUUCUGGUACAGGAAAACACUCAACAUCUCACCAUCCAUCCAGGAGAAUGGAGGAGUGCAGUGGGAGCCAGCGCUGUGUCUCACCCUGGCCUGGCUGAUGGUCUAUCUGUGCAUCCUGAGGGGGACCGAAUCUACUGGCAAGGUGGUCUACUUCACUGCAUCAAUGCCUUACUGUGUUCUUAUUAUCUACUUGGUCCGUGGCCUUACACUCCAUGGAGCCACCAAUGGCCUGAUGUACAUGUUCACACCUAAGAUGGAACAGCUAGCCAACCCCAAGGCCUGGAUCAAUGCAGCCACGCAGAUCUUCUUCUCACUGGGCUUGGGUUUUGGCAGCCUGAUCGCUUUUGCAAGCUACAAUGAACCCUCCAACAACUGCCAGAAGCAUGCCAUUAUUGUGUCCAUCAUCAACAGCUCCACCUCCAUAUUUGCCAGCAUUGUCACCUUCUCCAUCUAUGGCUUCAAGGCCACCUUCAACUAUGAAAACUGCUUAAACAAGGUGAUUCUGCUGCUGACCAAUUCUUUUGACCUUGAAGAUGGCUCUCUGACAGCCAGCAACCUGGAGGAGGUGAAGGACUACCUGGCAUCUACUUACCCAAACAAGUACAGUGAAGUGUUCCCACACAUUAGAAACUGCAGCUUGGAAUCAGAGCUGAACACGGCUGUCCAGGGCACAGGCCUGGCCUUCAUCGUCUACACUGAGGCCAUUAAAAACAUGGAAGUGUCCCAGCUCUGGUCAGUACUCUACUUCUUCAUGCUGCUGAUGCUGGGUAUAGGAAGCAUGCUUGGAAAUACAGCGGCCAUCCUCACCCCUCUGACUGACAGCAAGGUCAUCUCCAGCUACCUGCCCAAGGAGGCCAUUUCAGGUCAGGACACAUUGCUGAGGCAUGAGUGGGUGGAGAAAUGCAAGACAAUCACCCUGGGAGAUCGAUUAGAACACAUCACAUCCCAGGGAAGUGAGGUGGCUGGGAACUACUGGUUUGACAUAUUCAAUGACUAUGCAGCCACACUGUCCCUGCUGCUCAUUGUGCUGGUGGAGACCAUAGCUGUGUGCUAUGUGUAUGGGCUGAAGAGAUUUGAAAGUGACCUUCGGGCCAUGACUGGCCGCACCCUCAGCUGGUACUGGAAGGUCAUGUGGGCGUUUGUGAGUCCACUGCUCAUCAUCGGCCUCUUUAUCUUCUACCUGAGUGACUACAUCCUCGCAGGAACGAUGCAGUACCAAGCCUGGGAUGCUACUCAGGGGCAGCUGGUGACCAAGGAUUAUCCCCCACAUGCACUAGCUGUCAUCGGUUUGCUGGUGGCUUCAUCUACCAUGUGCAUCCCUCUGGUGGCCCUGGGGACUUUCAUCAGGAAUCGCCUCAAGAGGGGAGGCUCUGCCCCAGUGGCCUGAGAAUGGACCUCCCAGAGACCGAAGUCAGCCACUCUGUCUGUUUCAGUUACUGCUUGCUGGUGGGAACUUCUUGGCUGGAGUGCUGGUCUGGGGCCUCCUGAGUCUGUAAAGAUUAGGGAGCUUAGCAGAAGAAGACCACUUUGGGGAGGGGACCACAUCCUUUAGGAGGGGCCCUCCAUCCUCUGCCAUCUGAAGGUCAUGUCUUGUAGCUUCUUUGUCAUCAAAGGUUAAGGCCAGUAUUAAAAACUGUUGUUUUCUUGAUUCUAGAAAGUUCUAGAAUUUAAGGUAAAACUGCCAUUAGAACUUGACUGUAACUCUAAAGGAAGCCAAAGAAGCAAUUACAUAUUUUUGCUUAAAAGAAAACAAAAUACUAAAGGGUAAUUGCUUUUCAGCAGUUUUGAAGCAUGUAAGGUGACAUAUUAGAUUUAAUAUAAUUCUUUUCUUUAAAGUUGCAAUGAAUAUGUAAUUUCUCUGUUCCCUGACUACUCUCUAAACGCUACCAGAACAUAAUGGCCACUAAGAGACUUUGUCUGGAGUUCCCAUGGAAGUCACCUUUCUCUGAAUCUAAGGUCCCUCCCAGUGGGCCAGGACCAACCUCUCUACAAAUCUAGACUGUACAAGGGAUCCAAACAGACACUCCCAUCCAUAGGGUUUCAGUGUCAGAUGCAUGCAUAAGGAUACAAGUAACUCUAACUUUGCUAUAAACAUCACUUGCAACCACCUUCAUUCACUUCUGCAUAAUAAUAUUUUCUAAAAUGUAUAUAAAUCACACAGAGCAGUGUGUAGUUUAAAAUACUCCAUAUUUAUGGCUAUUAUUCAUGCACCAUGUGAAUAUGUCUUUAUUCUUUUUUAUCAUAAUAAAGUGGAUCAAGGUUUAUCUAGA